UCACCAAUGCGGAGAAGAAGGCCCCGACGCGGCAUCCUCUUCCUCCUCUGAAGAAGACCCUCCAGGCAGGUGCGUCCCGGGAGCAACUCCAUUGGAGUGGCCAUUAGCCAGCCCAAGGUUCACCGGGCUCCAUCGUCCCGGCCGACGGCCGGCGUGCUGCAGCACGGCGCGUGGCACUAUGUGCCAGCGACGGGGCGCCGAGGGGUCGGUGGAGGUGCUCUCCCUGUUGUCGAAGACGUCCCCAAGCGCAGCAACCCGCGUGGGGAGGCGCAGCCCGAGGCUAGCGCUCGACGAAGAGGCGCCAGUGUCCGCGUUCAUGGCGCGUGCACCAACCGCCGAGGGCAGGUGCAUCCCCAGCCCGAAGCUUGCUGCAGAAGCCCCAACGGCCACUGUCUCGUGCGCCGGAGUCGGUGAUGGAAGGCGCGGCGAGUCCGGCUGUGCGGGCUCCGCAGGCAGCGCCGGUGGCGCGGGCUCGACCUCCUACUGGACCUCGUAGUCCAGUGGAGGAUAUGACGACGGGGUCGGGCAUGGCCCCCAUCCGUGCACUCGGCAUGGAUGUGGUGGUGGAGGCCCUGCAAGUUCCGGCUCAACGGCGUCGACGUCCAUUGCUCCGACCACAGGUUCGAGUACUUCGUCCGCGUACAGGUUCGGAGCAGCCGGUCCGGCAAGAAUCUAGGCCGGGAGCGGUGCCGCCGCCGGCAUGGACGGUUCAGGCGAAGCACCAGAAGGCCCGGCACCAAAGUGAGCACCAAGGCCUUGGGCGGCGUGUCCAAGCCUUGGUCCAUGGCGACGCCGUCCAUAGAGACGGAAACCAGCCCGGCGGCCUCGGAACCGACGAAGAUCAUGGGUGUUGCGGUUGUGGCGGCGUAGCCCGCCCACACCAUGGCGGCGACGGCCGCUCUCAAGACGUCGACCGCCGUCAUGAACAAGGCGCGGGAACAAGGACAAAAGACCACGAGGCAUCUCUCACCUUUCCCUUUCUUCCUGUCUCAAUCCUUUCCCGGCGAUUGUCGCCGGCGUAAUGUGCCUAUGCGUGCUCUCGGCACAGACAAGUGAUGAUAAAAUGUUUAGUAAUGAUUUGAUCGAACU